UACAAGUUCAUCAUACCAAGAUGGAUCCACAAGUGGUCGACGCCUACCGAAUGAAGGAGAGAGUGAGGGUAGAGCAAAAACUAGAUGAGUAUGGCCUGAUAUGCAGAAGACAUAUGGGACAAAAGGUGAUAUUACCCUCUUCUCAUCUUCUGUAGUGCCUUCCUCCUGAAACAAUCAACUAACACAUUCCAAAAUGGAGAGAUUAAGAAAUAUCAAAAUUCCAUGUUUUUCUGCUGUCAUUGCGGUUUGGCAGUUCCGUUGUUGGAAAGUAACAAUUGUAAAGGAUGAAGUUGCCAAAGGGCUUGUGGAGCUUAUUUCUCUUCAUGGCAUCACCAAGCUUGUCAUGGGAGCAGCACCAGAUGAACGCUACUCAGAGUAUGGAUCGCAACUGUUUUGUCAUAUAAACGAUAAAUUAAGAGCAAACUCUUUUGCAUCUUCCAAUUUUGGAUAGUAAUGCCCACAAACAAUAGCUGAUAUAACUUCUCUAGCAUCCCUUUGAGUAAGAUCCUAUUACAAGAAUCAGAGCAACCUAAACUGAGUGCAGACAACCUUUCCAGAAAAAGAAAUAAAACUAGUGAUCGGAAUAUUCAAAAAAUAGAACUCGAAAGAACGAUCGAGGAUGUAAAUGAACAUAUGAGAUUUCAGCCUUUAUGAAUAAUAUGUGUGUGAAGGAAAAAAAAUGUGAAAGGAUAAAGCAGAACAGAUGCUUCUCUCAAGAUUUUUUUUUACUGAGCUAUGAAAGGCUUGAUCGAUCCAACCUUGGCUCCGCUCUUCUUUCUCCAGCUUUCAUUCUUUCUCCAUAGUCAAUUUAGACUGAGUACAGACAGCCCAAUGCGGAAUCUCCCGCUACGAUCCAAAGGUUGGCUCUUAAUUAGGUGUAUUGUAACUAUAGUGAUGUAUAUGCCACUAAUCUCUGGGGUGAUUUACUCUCUUUCAUAGAGAUCAUUUUACUUUUAACAAAGGACAUAAAUUCAAACUUGAUUUCUCUAUCUCUAUCUUCAAUAAACAAAACAAUUCAAUGCUAAAUGGAUUCAUUUUAUAGUAAAAGUUUAGACUGCAUAAAAAUAGUUAAGAGUAAGAAUGAUUAAAAACAAAUAUUGGAUAACUGAGACUUUUAUUGGUAUUAAGCUACUUUGUGCUGACUGCUGACCAGUUAACCUAUAAGUCCAAGCUGAUGGAGAAAGGCUCACAUGUCUAUAAUUGAUCAGUGGACCCUAAAAUCCAUUGACUUUAUGCUUCAAUUUCAAGUGAACCCAAUUAUCAAGCUCUCUAAACAAAUUCAGAAAACAGCGACGCAAAUGAUGGGUCUAAAAUGCUAGUUAUCAUUAAUUACUUUUAGCUUAGAUGGUCAAAAAAUUACUUCAUCAACAAAAUGGAGACACUGUCAAAUUUGUAAGCAGAGCAGAUAUGUUUCUCAGUAUUCAUAUCAAUCAAGAGAAAAUAGCAUGGGCAUAUCAGUUACCAAAAAUAAGUUUCAGCGAGUUAACAUCUCGUAAACUGUGAACUCCAGCGCUUUAUUUUCCUGGAAAGGUCCCUGGUCUGAGACAACACGCAGACUGAUGCAGGCAAGCAACAUGUGCAAAAUAUGGUUUACUUGCAAAGGACAUUUGAUAUGUACCAGGGAAGGAAAUAAAAAUUAUUUUGCAAUACCACCAUUACCAAUUGAAGAGGCUCUUCGUGAGGCUCAGCACUUAAAGGAAAAGGUAUCUGAAGAAACAACCAAGCGCCAAAAAGCCGAACUAGAGCUGCUUUCUGCUCUUGACACGAUCACUGAGUGGAGAAUAUUGCAUCAACAUGAGAGGCGCCAGCGGGAUGCAGUCGAGGAACAACAGCUGAGAGAGAAACAAGAAGUUAGAGAAAUGAUAAAACGGUUUGAAGCAGUUUACGAUCAACUAGAUGAUGCGCAAGAGCUGAAGUUGCGCAUGAUAGAAAUGGAGUCUGCUAGAAAAGGUCACAGGGAGGAGCUGGCAAUGAACAAGUACCGUGUUGAAAUGCUUCAGGCGGACAACAAGAAGCUGCAGCAAGAGUUGAAAAGGUGCAUAACAGAAAUGCAGUCCGCUAGAAAAGAAUACGAAGAGGAGUUGGCAACGAGCAAGUACCUUGUCGAACUGCUUGAAUCAGACAAGGAGAAGCUGCAGAAAGAGCUACGAGCUGCGUUAACUGAAGCUGAAGACUUGCGCGGGAAGAGCUUGUUGUCAUCAACAUCUGAGCCAGAUAACACUUGUCCACCAUCGUACUUCGUGUGUCCAAUUUCUCAGGAUGUUAUGAACGAUCCACACGUUGCAGCAGAUGGGUUCACCUAUGAAGGCGAAGAAAUCAGGGGAUGGCUCGACACCGGGCAUGACACAUCGCCGAUGACGAAUUUGAAACUCUCUCACUCCAUGCUGACCCCAAACAAGGCGCUCCGUUCGGCGAUUCUGGAAUGGCAGCAGCAGCAGCAAAACUUGACAUGACCGCGUCGCGAACGCUCAUGGCGGCUCCUUGGGAAUCGGAUCCACCUCAACUGUAAAUCACGCGCGUAGAGUUUGGGGUUGAGAUUUUGAGGAACAACAAUGUUGCGAAUUGAGACAUACUCACCUCUCUUAGAUCGUGCGUGGAAUAAAUCAUGAUCCUUC